GAUUCUUCGAGUCUACUCCAGCGGGUCAGGAGUAUUUCAAACAAUCUGACACACGCUUGCACUUCAUCGUUGAGAAGAUCAUCGAUGACUUGUCGGCGCUGGGCCUGCGACAUGUGGGCUACGGAGUGCCAACGGACAUGUUUGUCAAUGCUUGCGUAGAUGUAAUUCGUGAAGCCACGGUUCCUUGGCCAAUGACAUUUGAUACAGAGGAUUCGGUUGCACUAGAAGGAUUCAAGUGGUCUCUGGGCAUUGUGUCCAAGCAGCUGGUGAGAACAGUGGCAGAGGGAUCGACCAUUGUGAUGAAGGCAGUGAAUGCAAAUUCGAGGAAGAUGCUGCAGCGAGCGAUUAGUUGUGCUCCGCGUGGGCAGCGUUUCCAGUGGCUUCUGAAAGUUCAGGUGGGAACGCAAUCCAUCUCGCCUCUGUACUGGGCCAUUCAGAGUGGAAAUCUUGCCGCAGCAGAGGCCAUCAUGCAAGACCUGCUGGUCCUCCGUGCAGACCGAGAGAGGUAUUACUAUGGCAAUGAUGCACUUUUCGAGCGUCACCAGGACAUCAUCAACUGUUUAUGCCGUGAGGCACCGAUGCUGAUUCCUAUUCUGCUGGAUGGAUUGAUCUGGCGAUCUCCACGCACAGAGAAGGGCCUGCGCAGGGUCAACUAUUAUGUGAAGCAUCUCAUUGUCAAUCAGGAGGGUGAACCUGCUGAAUUUUUGCGAGAGAUUUGUAGUACCAAAGACCCGAAGAUCAUGGUUCACCCGGUGGUGGUGACAGUGUCAGACACCUUGUGGAAUGGCUUGGUGAGAAAUCACUUCCUCCUGUCGCGGUUGUGGUUCUUGGUCAGUCUUCUCGUCUUCAUGUUGAGCGAAUGUAUUCUGCCCAAAGAGAGAGCCCUGGAAGGGGUUUACAGCGUGCGAGUUGUAGUGUUCUUUGGGCGCACCUUCAUGUACGUGGUGACCAUGGCGAGAUUACUCACCAGACUCUUUUGGAAGGGCUGCAAGGAUCUUCGCCGGGGCAAGUACAAGAAGGUUCUGAGAUGCAUUCCGUUGCCAAAGUCCUUGCACAAUGCAAUGGCACUGGGCAAUUUAACUCUGGCGGUUCUUCUCCUGCUGAUGUUCUGCUACGAACCAAUGUAUCACUGCUUAGCCUCUGCCCCAGAAGAGUGGCCCACCUACUACUGUGAUGAUGUGGAGGAACAUUCCUUGCGAUCGGAGGACCUGCGGUGGACCUACUCAGCUUUAGGGCUUUUAGCUAUGGCCGUGCAUUGGUUUUUGAUGGUUGACCUCGCUGUCUUCUCGACGGGCUUGUCAGCCUUCGUCCUAGUGUGUGCGCAGGUGCUGAGUGAAAUCGGCCGCUUCCUUGUUGCCCUGGUCUUCCUGCUGCUCACAUUUGGAAGUGCCAUCAGUGUGCUUGAACAUCCUUACUUUGAGAUGCGAGACAUUCCGAGCUCGGUACUCUGCCUGUUUUCGAUUACGAUCCUGCUGUAUGAGGAUGAUUACAGAUACCCGUUUUGCAAUAUGGCAGCGGUGCAUGGGGAAUCUGCAUAG